AUGUCUCUAGAACCUGAAACACAGUCUCCCCAUAUAUUUGGUCUCUGGAGCGCGAUCGGUCUAGGGUGGCUGACCCUCAAUGUCUUUGGAACUCUGUCAUUCAUCAUCGUCGUAGGGUUACCGGCCGGCGGUGUCCCGGUCAUUCUUUACGGAUUGUAUAUACAAUCCCACCUAGCCAGCCGGAGAGAGUUUGGCGCCGUGUCGUUUUUCGCAUCUGACCGCCAUGUGGACAGCAUCGGCUCCAAUAUCGCGGUGAUCUGCAUGGUGAUGACCUUUGCCCACGCGGUAACCAUGAGCCGACAGGGCUCUGCGUUCGCCCGAGACGGUGGCCUUUUUUGGAAUGCUCAGCUCGCCAAGCGUUGCUUAAAUUCCAAUCUGCCAUUUUGGUCGAUUACCCUGCCGUCCCUGAUUUGCGCUCUGGUGGGAUUGAUUUAUCUCCUCUCCAGCUCCGCCUACAACGCUUUCGUCGGCUCUCAAGUUACCUGUAUGAUAAUCAAAUUCGGUAUGGCAUCAGCUCUGAAACCCCUAGCGACCUAUGAAGGGCGCUAA